AUGGUAAAUUCACAAACCUGGUUAGACCAAAAUUAUCCCACAAAUAGCACUUGCAUAAGAGUUGAAGAUAAAGAAAAUUAUGGCAAAACCAGAGAUCAAAUAGUUAAUUUAGAUAUUAGUUAUCAAAAUUUAGAAGGCGGUUUACAACUGGACAGCUCCUUCCCCAACUUAAAAAAAUUGAACUGUUCGUUUAAUAAUCUAACUGGUCUCUCUUGGAACACACUUCCUAACCUAGAAUUAGUUGAUGAAGCUUACAAUCAGUUAGCAGGCAGUGAUUUUGGUUUACGAAACUCUCCUAAUAUGAAAACAUUAAAUUUUUCUCACAAUAGUAUCACUGCUUAUUUUUUCGACGUUCCCAAUUUAGCUUAUUUAGAUGUUUCUAGUAAUUUACUUACUAUUUUGGAUCUUCAUAGCAAUGCAAAUUUAGUGGAAUUAAAAUGUUCCAAUAAUCCUAUUUCUAACUUAACCCUAACCCAAUCUUCUAAACUUGUCCUUUUUGAUUGUUUGGGCGUUAGAUUUGACAAAACUAUUGUUUCAACUCCGAUCAUUUCUCCCACUUCUUUUUCUCCAACUUCCACCAUUUCCCCAACCGCAACGAUCUACAACAACCCUGCUCUCCUCGGAAGCACCAUUGGGCUGGGAAUUUACUCGGGAAUAAGCACACUCG